AUGAGAUAACAAUCGCCUAAUUUAAAAUAAUCAAGGGCAAGUUCGGCUUAGCAAAACAAUUCUGUAGCUGUAAGUCAAAUUGAGAAAUCAAAAAUUGAAAAAUAGCAAGUAGUCUCUAAACAUGAUAAGAUGAAAAGCUAUGCAAAGGAAUAAUAGAAUGUUUCAAAAAAACAUGAAACUAUGAUAGAACCUACUAAAUUAAUUGAAUAAAAUGUGAAAUUAAAAGAGUAGUUGUAGGAGCUAAUUGUGCAUCUUGAUAAUAUUGUUAAAAAUUAAAAAGAAAAGCAAAAAGAAGAAAAAUAAAAGAAAUUUGCCAAACCUUUAGAGCCAGCAGAUAAAAAAUCUGUUUUAAAUCAGCAAGAAAAAUAAAUUAAUGAUAACAUUGCACAAAUCAGAUUGUUAUCAAAAUAAUUAGAAUAAACCUAUGAUAUAAAUAAGAUUAAGGAGAAGGAAGAUAAGAAAAGGUAUCUGGAAAACGAAUAUUUUAAAUUAUACAAAGAGUAUGAAUCGCAGCAGAAGAUUGAUCAAAAACAAAAUGAAGGGUUGAAACAAAUGGACUUGAAAGAAUAAUAAUAAAUCAUUUCUUCUAUUAAGAAGGAAUUGUAGGAUGAAUAAAAAACAUCUAGAGCUUUAAUUGAGGAAAUCAAUAGAAUUGAAAAAGAUGUUCAAAAGUUGCACAACGAAAGAGUAACUAAAUUAAAACAAAUAUCAGAUCUCUAAUAAAAAAUAGCAUAGAAAAAGAGAAAUAAAUAAGCUGACGAAGAGGUAGAUGAUAAUAAAUUGAAAUAACUGGAAGAUGAAAUUAUUGAACUCUAGAAAAAAAAAGAUGAAUCGAUGAAAAAUUAUAGUGAGAAAUACAAAAAAUUGGAAUCAGAUAGAAACUAAGUUAAAAAUGAAGUUGAACAAAAGAGAAAUCUAUUGAUUAAAUUAGAAAGAGAUACAAAAAUCAACAGGGUUUUCAUACAUGAAGCAAAUCGAUAUUUGAGAUUGAAUGAGAAAUCUUCAUAAAGAUCAAGUAAACCUGUCUUCUCUGCGCCCAGGAAACCUACAACACCUAGAAAGGAAACUCCAUCUCCAAAAUCAGAUAAAGGAUCAAUUAGGAAAAUUCCCUCUUAAAAUAAGGUAGAAAUUAUCAAAGAAGAAUAAUUUGAAGAAACAGUACUAAAUUUAGAUGUUCAACAAUAAAACUAAAGGCAACCAAGAUCAAGGGAAUAAACUGACAAAACUAUGCAUUAAGAAAAAGAUAUUCAAAAAGAAUAGUCAUCAAAGUCUACCGAAUAAAAGGAAGUUAAAUAAGAGAAUACACAAAUUGAAAAAACAAUUGAAUAACCAAUUGAAUAACAACCUACACUGCAUACCAAUAAUGAAGAGGAAACUAAGAGUGUGAUUGAUUAGAAUGAUAAUAGCACUCAGCAAAACCUACAAAUUCAAUAGCCAAACAUUUAUAGAAAACCAAUGAUGAUGGUAAAAAAAAAGUGA